CACAGGCAAAACUCACACCAUAGCCAUGGGCACCUCAAUCUCAAUGCCUCCUCCACUUGUAGCCAUUCUCUUCUCACUACUACUAGUAACCAUUCUCAUUGUCUCAGCAAGCGCAGGCCAAGGCCCAAAGUCAGCAAAGUGUGAGGCAACACCGGACCAGGGCUCAACCCUGCGAGUGUUUCACGCGAACAGUCCUUGCUCUCCAUUGUUCAAGCAAUUAGGAGGAGUGUCAUGGGAAGAGAGUGUGCUUGAAAUGCAGAGCAAAGACCAAGCCAGGCUUCAGUACCUGGCCAGCCUCGUCGCAGGGAGGUCGAUAGUGCCGAUAGCUUCAGGGAGGCAGAUCAUACAGAGCCCAACUUAUAUAGUGAGGGCCAAGAUUGGCACACCACCUCAGACAUUUCUCAUGGCUAUGGAUACAAGUAAUGACGCUGCUUGGGUACCUUGCUCUGGUUGUCUUGGCUGCUCUUCGACCUUGUUUGAUUCUGUCAAGUCUACCACUUUCCAGACCAUUGGUUGCCAAGCUCCUCAGUGCAAGCAGGUGCCAAAUCCCACGUGCGAGGGCAGCGCGUGCAGCUUCAACCUAACCUAUGGCGGCUCCACCGUGGUGUCGAACCUCUCACAGGACACCGUAAUGCUUGCCACCGAUCCCGUCCCUGGAUAUACCUUCGGUUGCAUCCAAAAAGCCACAGGCAGCUCUGUGCCACCGCAGGGCCUUUUGGGCUUGGGUCGAGGGCCACUCUCACUAUUGUCACAGACCCAGAAUAUCUACCAGUCUACAUUUUCCUACUGCCUUCCUAGCUUCAAGUCUGGCAACUUCUCUGGUUCACUAAGACUUGGACCCAUUGGCCAACCCAAGAGGAUCAAGUACACUCAGCUAUUGAGGAACCCUAGGAGAUCAUCGCUCUACUAUGUGAACAUGUUCGGCAUUAGAGUCGGCCGGCGAAUUGUUAGCAUCCCUCCACAAGCAUUGGCAUUUAAUCCGAUCACCGGCGCAGGGACAAUUUUUGACUCCGGGACGGUGUUCACGAGACUAGUCCAGCCAGCCUACAUAGCGGUGAGAGAUGAGUUCCGAAGGAGGGUAGGUGUAAACGCGACGGUGACAACAUUGGGAGGAUUCGACACGUGCUAUUCGUUCCCCAUAGUGGCGCCAACGGUGACACUUAUGUUCACAGGGAUGAACGUGACAUUACCACCAGACAACUACUUGAUCCACAGCACAGCAGGAAGCAUCACAUGUCUAGCCAUGGCAGCAGCGCCUGACAAUGUCAACUCAGUCCUCAAUGUCAUUGCCAACAUGCAGCAACAAAACCACAGGCUCCUCUUCGACAUCCCCAAUUCUAGGCUCGGUGUCGCUCGUGAACUCUGUACCUGAGAUUCCCCAUCAUCAUCAUCAUCUCUCUCUCUCUCUCCCACUGUGUGUUUUUUGUUUUUUUAUUGGGAUCUUUUGUUAGAUGGUGAUUUGUGUGGUGCUAAUAGUAGUAAUAAUAGUAAGGUAUCUUUCGGUGUUGUUUGUUGGGUUUUUAUCACUUACUUUAUAUUUGUAGUAUUUAACCUGGAAUUGUAAGGAAUGGGACUAGAAGAAGGCGCAAGAGUAGAGUGUGUUGUAGUUUUGUGAUCUGUUGUGUCACGGGGCAGUCUCUUCCUUUUGUUACUUUCUCUAUUUUGAUUACUGUUUGUGGGUGUGGGUCGUACAAGGUCACGAGUUGCAUGCACGGACCCCAAAGUUCGAUCGCCAUCAAUGUCCAAAAUUUCCGAUUAAUAAAUUCAGAAUUUUACCA